AUGUGCGUGGCUGAAAGGACGACACCGCCCUACGCAAGUAUAAAUCAUUCUCCAAGCAGCCAGGCCGCCGAAGACCACGCAUUUUCCCUCUUCAACUCCAUACAUUCAGCCCUACGACAGUGGGGCUCCUCUGUUCACCACAAUGGCCUUUCAUUUUAUCUAGCACAGGCGCCGCAAGGGAGUGUCUUCUAUCACGGCGGACAUAGCACCGAACGGCCUAAAACCUACGAAUGGCUUGCGUUUGAAUUCGAGCAUGCAGCUUCGUUUGCUACUCCAAAUGCAAAGAUCGAUGAUGACGACGAUGACGACGACGACGAGAAAAAACCAGGCCCGCAUUUCCCAAUUUUUGAUAGAUAUACUCGCGGAUAUUACCAGAUCUACCGUGCUUCUCGUCCCCUGAAUCUCCUUUACAUCGACGGCGAAAGUGCUGCAAAAUGCACCCUGGGGCCUAUGGACAGCCAGGAUCUACUCCUGCUGGGCUGGGAUGACCUCAAAUUCGACCCACACAAGAGCCCGUUCAGGGAAAGGGAUCGCGCCCAAGACAUGUGUUCCCUAGCCAAGGAGUGGGCUUUCACGGUGGGAGGCAAGAUCGACGGCUUCAUUCGUAUGGAAGCAGGCUUUGAGAUUAUCUACUGCGAUUUCUCUCCCUCGGGCGGGCUGGACCUCGUGUCUGUCCAAGCCACCCCUUUCAGCAACGAAACUGGCAUCGACGAUGAGACGGAUGAUUGGAGGAAGACGCGAAACUCCAACCAGACGACCUCAGAAUGGUUACGUGCUUGUGCGGCCCGUUUUCAAGGCCACCCAGAGGGUCGUGUCGACAUAGACUGGAGCAGCAUGGUCUCGGCCUUUGCCUACGACAUGGACUUGUCCAAUCCGGACACGAGAAGACCAGACCUACCCAGGAUCAUCAACGCCACAAGGGACGAUAUCAACAAUGUCCGCGCCAGGUUGAGAGAUGUGGUGCUAGAGCGCGGAGGGAAGAGCUCUAGCGAGAAGGGUGUGAUCAACUGGCAGAGUGUGACGGAUAAAAUAGUGACUCGCUUUGGCCCGCGCUUGUGGAUGAUGAACAGCGUGAAUUCAACUAGGGAUGAUCUCAUCGCCUCUAUCGGCACCCUCAUUGAUCCUUUUACAAGCUAUGUCGACCACGAACCAAUGGCCGACCUGCACGCCUUAGACCGAUGUGCCCAACAUUACCUCGACGGCGAGGACGAGAGAGUUUUCCACAAGGGCUCAAGGACGCCCGAGGAUGAGGUGAUUGCGGCAGCCCUCGCAACGGUGUCGAAGAAGAUAUGUGGGUCUCUGUUCUCUGCUCGGCGUGUCCUCAGGUCCAACGAGACCACGAGUGCCGACUUUGGAUCACCGCUGGAGGAGGCGCAGGCCAUCAUACGGCAACUCAUCUCGACCCUCAACUGGAGCACCUGGAAGGAGUGUGGGCCCUGUGCGAACGAUGAGAUCUGCUCCAUUCCCAUGUUUCCUGUGGGUACCAAGGAGGACUACUUUCAUCCAAAGUGUAAGAGCCCGAUGCAACUUCUUCAGAGCAGUGAAUAUUGGGAACUCGAUGAUUGGAUUAGGUAA